UAUAACAACACUCCCAUCUCUCUCAAACCACUUCAUCUUCUUUCAUCAUUUUGCCCUACUACCACCACUCUCCUUCUUUCUCCGCCAUUAAAAUUAGCUCGAGGAUAGCUUAUCUUAUGGAUUAUCAUCCUAAUACUUCACUUCGUUUAAGCCUCCCCAACGAUCAACUUAACCUAGACCUCGUUCUCGAGCCGUCGUCGUUGUCGUCUUCUUCAUCGUCAAAUAGUCCGACCGAACUGAAGGUCUUCCCUUGUAACUAUUGCCAGAGGAAGUUCUUUAGUUCACAGGCGCUCGGUGGGCAUCAAAAUGCUCACAAGCUCGAACGAACUCUUGCUAAGAAAAGCCGAGAGCUAAGCUCGUCGGUUCGAGUUCACGGGGGAUCGAGUUCGAACUAUCCAGAGUCGUCCGGUCUUGAACGUUCGAGCCAUUCUCAACGUAUGCAGAUGUCAGUGACGUCUUUCGAGCAACACGGUCGAGCCGGUAGGUUUUUCGGAGGUCCUAGAGAAGGGAUCGGUUCUUGGUCCAUGGGGUACCGAACUGAAGACGUCCAAGACGAGUUUAGCCACCUCGACUUGUCUUUAAGGUUAUGAACUCGUAGUUUGUAGAUGUAUUUUCGAUUGUGUCGUGUUUAUUACGAUACCUAAGGUAAUAAUUAUUCGAUUCGAUUUUAUAG